UGACAAGCGGUGGCGGCGCGGUUGCGACGGCAGGUUCCCUGCUGGAGGCCCACGCUCACCCCAGCAGGCGCCGCCCACCACUGCCGGCUGUCCACGGAGAAUGCGGAUGUCAGCUGCUUCCUGGGGGUGGCGCUCUACACAGAGGUGAGCCCAGGCCAGAAUGGGGGACUCCAGGGACCUUUGCCCUCACCUUGACUCCAUAGGGGAGGUGACCAAGGAGGACUUGGUGUUCAAAUCUAAGGGAGUCUGUCAGUCGUGUGGUGUUGCUGGACCGAACCUGUGGGCCUGUCUCCAGGUCUCCUGCCCUUACGUUGGCUGCGGAGAAUCCUUUGCCGACCACAGUACCAUUCAUGCUCAGGCAAAAAAUCAUAACCUGACAGUGAACCUGACCACAUUCCGGGUGUGGUGUUACGCCUGCGAGAAGGAGGUGUUCCUGGAGCAGAGGCCGGCAGUGCAGCCGGCAGGCCCCUCACCCAGGUUCUCGGAGCAGGACUCUCCCCUGACCUCCCAUCUUCUGAAAGCCGUCCCUAUUGCUGUGGCCGACGAAGGAGACUCCGAGUCCGAGGAUGACGACCUGAAGCCUCGAGGCCUCACGGGCAUGAAGAACCUCGGGAACUCGUGCUACAUGAGUGCCGCCUUGCAGGCCUUGUCCAACUGCCCUCCACUGACCCAGUUCUUCUUGGAGUGCGGAGGCCUGGUGCGCACAGACAAGAAGCCAGCGCUGUGCAAAAGUUACCAGAAGCUGGUCUCUGAGGUCUGGCACAGGAGACGCCCAAGCUACGUGGUUCCCACUGGCCUGUCUCACGGGAUCAAGUUAGUCAACCCGAUGUUCCGAGGCUAUGCCCAGCAGGACACCCAGGAGUUCCUGCGCUGCCUGAUGGACCAGCUCCACGAGGAGCUCAAGGAACCGGAGGUGGCAGCCACAGCGGUGCUGGCCGAGGCACAGGACUCAGACUCGAGCGAUACGGAUGAGAAGCGGGAGGGUGACCGAAGCCCAUCAGAGGAUGAGUUCCUGUCCUGCGACUCGAGCAGUGACCGGGGUGAGGGCGACGGGCAGGUUCGAGGCGGGGCCAGCUCGCAGGCUGAGGCGGAGCUGCUGAUCCCCGACGAGGCGGGCCGCGCCAUCUCCGAGAAGGAGCGCAUGAAGGACCGCAAGUUCUCCUGGGGCCAGCAGCGCACCAGCUCUGAGCAGGUGGACGAGGACGCCGACGUGGACACGGCCAUGGCCGCCCUUGAGGACCAGCCCUCGGAGGCCCAGCCACUGUCGCCGGGCUCCUCCAGCCCCUUCCGGACCCCAGAGCCAGACAAUGAGGCCCACAUGCGCAGCUCGUCCCGCCCCUGCAGCCCUGUGCACCACCAUGAGGGCCACUCCAAGCUGGCCGGCAGCCCUCCCCGCUCAAGCCCCGUGAGGAUGGGGCCCUCGUACGUGCUCAAGAAAGCCCAGGUGCUGAGCGCCGGCAGCCGCAGGCGGAAGGAGCAGCCCUACCGCAGCGUCAUCUCCGACAUCUUCAACGGCUCCAUCCUCAGCCUCGUGCAGUGUCUCACCUGUGACCGGGUCUCCACCACAGUGGAGACGUUCCAGGACCUGUCAUUGCCCAUUCCUGGCAAGGAGGACCUGGCCAAGCUGCACUCAGCCAUCUACCAGAACGUGCCGGCCAAGCCGGGUGCCUGCGGGGACAGCUAUGCCGCCCAGGGCUGGCUCGCCUUCAUCGUGGAGUAUAUCCGGAGGUUUGUGGUAUCCUGUACCCCAAGCUGGUUUUGGGGGCCGGUCAUCACCCUGGAAGACUGCCUUGCUGCUUUCUUUGCUGCUGAUGAGCUGAAGGGUGACAACAUGUAUAGCUGUGAACGGUGUAAAAAGUUGCGGAACGGGGUAAAGUACUGUAAAGUCUUGCGGCUGCCUGAGAUCCUGUGCAUCCACCUGAAGCGCUUUCGGCACGAGGUCAUGUACUCGUUCAAAAUCAGCAGUCACGUCGCCUUCCCCCUCGAGGGACUUGACCUGCGUCCGUUCCUUGCUAAGGAGUGCAAGUCCCAGAUCACAACCUACGACCUCCUCUCGGUCAUCUGCCACCAUGGCACAGCAGGCAGUGGCCACUACAUCGCCUACUGCCAGAACGUGAUCAACGGGCAGUGGUACGAAUUCGACGACCAGUAUGUCACCGAGGUCCACGAGACGGUGGUGCAGAACGCUGAGGCCUACGUGCUCUUCUAUCGGAAGAGCAGCGAGGAGGCUGUGCGGGAACGGCAGCAGGUAGUGUCCCUGGCUGCCAUGCGGGAGCCCAGCCUGCUGCGGUUCUACGUGUCUCGGGAAUGGCUCAACAAGUUCAACACGUUUGCCGAGCCUGGGCCCAUCACCAAUCACACGUUCCUCUGCGCCCACGGAGGCAUCCCGCCCCACAAGUACCACUACAUCGACGACCUGGUGGUGAUUCUGCCCCAGAACGUGUGGGAGCACCUGUACAACAGAUUCGGGGGUGGCCCCGCCGUGAACCAUCUGUACGUGUGCUCCAUCUGCCAGGUGGAGAUCGAGGCUCUGGCCAAGCGCAGGCGGAUCGAGAUCGACACCUUCAUUAAGCUGAACAAAGCCUUCCAGGCGGAGGAGGCCCCUGGCGUCAUCUACUGCAUCAGCAUGCAGUGGUUCCGGGAGUGGGAGGCCUUUGUCAAGGGCAAGGGCAAGGACAACGAGCCCCCCGGGCCCAUCGACAACAGCAGGAUCGCACAGGUCAAAGGAAGCGGCCAUAUCCAGCUGAAGCAGGGUGAGUCUCGCCGGCUCCAGCCCUGGCGUCCCCGGCCAGCCGGCCUCUCUAUGGUCCCUCCUGGCUGUUGGUCACAGUCCCACUUGAAGCCCCCGCCUGUCCUACCCAGGCCCUGUGCGGGCCUCUGCCUGCCCUUUGCGGGCACCCCACACCCCGGGAAAUGGGCGGCAGCCAGAGAUGCGCCUUCCGGGGUCCUUGGAGAAGUGACAUCCCUCGGAGCGUCCCGAGGUUGCUCUGGAACAGCUUUGCGGGGGAGCGCACGGAGCUCCCGGAGUCCCCCUGCCAAGACAUGGCCUCUUGGGGCGGGAGUUGGGGUCAGGGGAAGUGAGUGGGUGGCGCAGGCGCAGCCCCGACCGCCUGGCCUCGGGCCUGCAGGAGCUGACUACGGGCAGAUUUCAGAGGACACCUGGGUCUACCUGAACAGCCUGUAUGGCGGUGGCCCUGAGAUCGCCAUCCGACAGAGCGUGGCCCAGCUCCAGGACCCAGAGAGCCUACACGGGGAGCAGAAGAUUGAAGCCGAGACCCGGGCCGUGUGACCUGCUGGGCCAGCCUGUAAGUCCCCUCCCUCUGCAGAGACCCUCUCCCGUCCCCUGUGUGUUGGAAGAACGCAGCCCUGAAUGCACCUUCCGGGAGACUGUUUGGAAAAACCCUCUCGUGAGCCCCGCUGGGCCGAGUGACCCAAGUGUCCCCACAGGCCCCCGCCUUGGCCCUUCUCCCUGCGGAGGGCAUGUGUGUGCCCUGAAGAGAGGCUGGCGGCUGGGGAGUCCCAGUGAGCGAUGUCGCGGUCAGGAAAUACACCUGCUGUGGGCUCUUCAAACAACCAGGGCUCUACGACGUUCCUUAACUUGGGUCUUUGUGUCCACUUGUCACGGCCGUUGUGUCCCCCACCUGCCCUCUUGCUCGUUCAGGCCCAGCUUGGGUCCCUCGAACUCCAAGUCAAGGGCUGUGACCGAGGGACCGCAGGGCAGGAGGAGCUCUAGGUGCUGCGCAGCACCCAGCACGCACAGCGGGAAGCUGGGGCACAGAGAACCGAGCUGGAGCAGCGGGGGGUGCUGGAGCCAGCUCUGCCCUAGGCCCCGCUUUGGCCCGAUCCCCCGGUGUCACAGAAAGGCUCCAGAACCCUGGGCUGCUCUCAGCGUUCCUCCUGCAGACUGACGAUUCUGGACUCUGUUGCGAUGGGGACCCAGGGUGGGGGUUGGAUCUGCUGGGCGAGAUUGUUUCUGGAAGCAGCUGGUCCCUGGCUCCCCGUGCUGCUGAGCUGGCUCCCCGGACUGGCUGUCGCUCGUCCCCAGCAGGGAACCAGGUGAUGAGACAGAAGUGCCCCGCGUCACUGUCCUUUGCUGCGGACGUGGCUUCCCUGGGGCGGGGGGGCUCCCUGUUUCUCACCACACUGUCAUGGGGAGCCCGGGGAGCUGUGGCGCCAGGGCAGCUCUCACAUCGGCCGUGGAAGCCCAUUCUGGAUGCUGAAACGGGCCACGCUGGGGCCCUGGGACGAGCGCAAGGGGCCCGGGCUUGCCUCUGGGGACACCCACACCCCUGGACGAAGCAGCUGGGGCGAGAUGCCCACCUCGUCGGGACUGGAGGGAAGGGGGGGUGGGGAAGGGGCCUCGGGACCUGGGCCCCCACACACCGUGGCCUUCAGUCUCUAGAAGCAGAUGCGGCUGGAAUUCCGGCAGAGCCCGGGAAGCUGGCGCGCCGGUAGCUCACUCUGCAGCCCUUCUACCCGGGUCCUCCCCCGCCGAGGCAGCGCGCGAUGGCGAUCGGAGAACAAGCCGCUCUGGAACCCCCUGACGUUUGCUACAGUCUUGAAAGUUCCUGCUGCGGCCGGCGGGCAACCCCCGCGGUGGGGCUGGGUGGCCAGUCAUUGCCCUGCUCGUAAACUUGUCCCCGCCGUCUGCGCGGCCUUGUUGGUGUUCAGAAUGUCCUAAUAAAUACAUAUGCAUCCCCCGCA